AUGUCAUACCCUACGCGAUCCUUCUCCGGUCACCUCCGUGGACCCAGUGGUGUGGGCUCAUCUGCCGCACAUUCACCAGCUCUCGUAGCGCGUAUCGAGGAGAAGAAGGCCGAACUUGCGCAUUUGCAAGAACUCAAAGAGCUCAGCGCUGCAGUUGCAACGCAGAUGGAGGCUUUAGAGCAGAAGCUUUCUACACUUUCUGAUGGAACAGAAGCUGUUGCAACCGUUCUCGGCAACUGGCAUAAUGUGCUACGGGCGAUAAACAUGGCAUCGACCAAACUUGCAACCCCACCGAGUAAUCCAGCCACGGAAGGAGAUUCACAGCAACGACCUCAGGCGCUACCUCAAACCCUUGUGCGAAUACCGACCGAGCACGCGCCAGUAGUCCAGGCUCAAGCGGAAGCUGCAGAGGCAGCAGCGGGCGACGACGAGGCUUCUAUUUUAGGCAGAUGA